UUGUGCAUAAUAUUGAUUUUGAAGACUUAGUAAGAUGAGUUUUAGUUCCUUAUUUUUCAAUAAUUCUUUGAAAAAUAUAUUGAAGGUUUGCUAUAAAUUCAUUUUAUUUUAUUAUUUUAUACUUUUUUUCUCCUUAUAAUAACAUCUUUUUAUCGUCUUGAUUCUACUCUAGAUGGUAAAUAAAAUUGAAUAACUGAAGAUGUAAGAGUGUCUUGCUUAUGAAAUUUAAACUAAUCAUCUAUUUUUAACAGAAUUUAAAACUGAUACAAGUUUUAAAAAUAUAAAUGCAUGAAAGUCAGUUUAUAAAAAAUAUUAGUUUUAAACCGGAUAUGAACUAUAACUUGAAACCAUUUCACAAUGGUAAUAUAGUUUUAUGACAAAAAUUGGUUGGUUCUCAAGAUAUUAGUAAAAAUAAACGUCUUCCACUUGUUAAGGAGGAUCCAGCAAUAAAAAUGACACUAAAAUUUGGGUAGUAAGAUUCACUACUAUUUUUGUGAGGUGAAAAAUUCCAAUAUCCCCUUUUUUUUUUCCUUGAUGGCUAUUAUGACAGAGAAAUUAGUAGUGUUUUCUAUAUAUAGAAAGCUAGUGACCUGCAAGUUAUCACCCCUAAAUAUAUUCAUAGACAGAAAUUAACUGUUAUUCCAAAAAAAGAGUUAUCCUAAUUUGGCUUCUAAAGACAUGUUUCUGUCAUGAUAUAUAUAUAUAUAUAUAAAGAAUAAUUAUUAAUUGUUCUUGAUUACCUAUUUUUUCAGGAAGGAAGAGGGUUCUUUCCCGAGAACCAUCAUGGCAAAAUUGUACCACCUCUUCCUUCUGACUAUUUUUGUGGUAAUCAUACCGACAUUAGUGCAUGCUAAUGUCAAAGAGCAAGACUCAUACUGGGAUAAUAUAUUUCCAUCUUUAAAUAAUACUUAUUGGCGGGGAAGAGCAGCAAGAGCUCAAAAGACAAAUGACGAAGCUUAUACUCCUGACCCAUAUGCAGUCUCCGGAAACAUGACUUCUAGUGUUAGCGAAAUGAUAAUUGACGGCAAUAAAGGAAGAAGGAAUUUAAUGGGGAAAAAACUAGCCAAUGGCGGUCCAUGUAUGGCUACAAACCCCAUUGACAGAUGUUGGAGGUGUGAUCCUAACUGGGCAAAUAACCGCAAGAAGCUUGCAGAUUGUGUGCAAGGUUUUGGAAGGAAAACUACUGGAGGAAAAGCUGGUCCUAUCUAUGUGGUAACUGACCCCUCGGAUAAUGACAUGGUUCAUCCACAUCCAGGUACUCUUAGGCAUGCAGUUACAAGAAAUGGACCUUUGUGGAUUAUCUUUGCCCAUAGCAUGAACAUUAGGCUCAGCCAAGAACUCAUAAUGACAAGUGACAAGACCAUUGAUGGACGAGGAGCUCAUGUUAUCAUUGCUAAUGGAGCUGGUAUUACUAUCCAGUUCAUCAAUAAUGUUAUCAUCCACGGGAUCAAAAUUUUUGACAUUCAAAUUGGCAGCGGGGGACUUAUUAGAGAUACUGAGGAACAUUUUGGUCUAAGGACUAUGAGUGAUGGUGAUGGAAUUUCAAUUUUUGGCUCCAGCAAUGUUUGGAUUGACCAUGUUUCCAUGAGAAACUGCAGAGAUGGACUCAUUGAUGCCAUUAUGGGAUCCACCGCUAUUACCAUCUCCAAUGGCCAUUUCACAGAUCACAACGAGGUGAUGUUGUUUGGUGCAAGUGAUGGCUAUGAUGGUGAUCAGAAAAUGCAGAUCACAGUUGCAUUCAACCACUUCGGUAAGAGAUUAAUCCAAAGGAUGCCAAGGUGUAGAUAUGGUUUUGUCCAUGUACUUAACAAUGACUACACUCAUUGGGAAAUGUAUGCCAUUGGUGGUAGUAAACAUCCUACUAUUAUAAGCGAGGGUAACCGAUUCAUAGCCCCCAACAACGGCUAUGCUAAAGAGAUAACAAAGAGGGAGUACUCACCAGAGGAAGAAUGGAAAAACUGGCAAUGGAGAUCAAUCGACGAUGUGUAUAUGAACGGAGCAUUUUUCAGACAAGCUGGACCUGAGCUGACUAACAGACCAUUCUCAAGAAAAGACAUGAUCAAAGCUAGGCCUGGAACUUUCGUGGGAAGGCUUACUCGUUAUUCUGGCAGCCUUAAAUGCAUAGUGGGGAAGCCUUGUUAG